AUGCCGGUCAAAUAUGCUGACCCCUCAGAUGACUCGUCCACUUCUCGCUCAUCUCGCCUUGUUCAUAGACUAUCAAAUUCGGUGGGCUCUUUCCGUGUCAGGAAGCAUACCAGAUUCAAAAACGAAGACGAAUCCGAACACUGGGGAUUUCGAGGCCCGCUGCGGUAUAAUUCAAGCUCCUCUCGCGACAGCCGUGGUCGUGACUCUGGCUAUUCUAGAGAACGGUCGGAUCUCAAUACCGACGGCGGUCGCGACAGUCGAAGCCGCCUCUCCGGGGCACACUCGACUGUUGGCACAAAUCCGUCUCAAAGGUCGCACCGGUCGCACAACUUGGAAACCGUCUUGGAAGUACCUUCUAGUCAGACGAGUCGACGAACCACUGUCUUCAACCACAGUCAAUCGAAGCAAAACCUAGCCAAACGACCCGACGGUCAGUCUACAUCAGCGGAAAGACUUCAUGCGCAACAUUCCAGCGCAUGUUCGGACAUGCAUCAAUCUGUGAAAAGUGAUGACUACCUUCUUGCUCGGGGAGCAAAUCCUAGGACUGGUGUAGUCACACCUUCACACAGCGCUAGCAGCUCUCUUGAUGAUUACACUGCGCAGACCCAAGCCCCACGCCGCCCUGCGCGCUGGCGACAGAAGAGUGAUCAAUGGAUCAGCCUGGAUGUAGGUGAACCUACGCCUAUUUCGACGAACAAAACGGAGAGGUUUCCUGAGCAUCAGCACCAGCCGUUGAGAAUUCCACAGAAACUGGUGGCCGCCAAACCUUGGCACUCUAUUCGUGGGCCCAGCUUGAUGGAGAGCAGAGAUGCGCCUCUCAGCCCCCUGGAACCCGAGAUGAUCCUUCACACUAAGGAACGGCCGAUAGAGAACAACCUUUCCUUGAAUGAGAAUCCAUACGCACAUGGAGACACUGUUGUGUCACAGACCUAUCGACUGGACCCAUCAGUGAAGCGAAAACCUGUCGGAAGUCCACCGAACCGGAUGCGAGCUCGUGCCGCUCAGACCCAGGAAGGCAGCGAUGAAAGCACAGAUACCGUUUUACGAAUGCCCAGACUCAAUGACGGCCAGCGCUCCUCUUCUGCGCCAGAAGCUCCGAAGGGAGGUUUCUUGAAUCCCCAGAAUGUGAAUAAAGACCUGCGCAAGGUGCCCUACGACUUCGCUCCGUGUGGGACUCAGCCCACUACUGCUAGCGACCUUUUUUUAGGGGCGCGCGGGAUGGGCCAGCCAGCCAACAUCCCAAGUUCAGAAAUCACCAGCAUCUUUGGGCCACAAAUGGCCGAAAAAGAAUUACCAUGUCUGCCGAUGAACAGUGGCCCAUCCCAGUCGACACGAAACAGCCCGCCCUAUCCCACGACUCCCACAGGGACGGCCGCAGACCUCAUAGAGGGUCGCCAACGAUUCAAGCUCGAGGCGCCUCAGGGACCGAGGGAAGGCGGCGACCCAGCAUACCCAUAUAUUCGGGCAGCAAGGCCGAUAUGCCCAAUACCUCCGCCGGCCGAGAACCAGCACCCGAUGGGAGAAAGAACCAUGCCAGUACCGGUGUACGACAACCCUCCGAGGCACCCAUCGCCGUUUGUACGGACGACUGGGCCAAGGCUGGAGGGUCCAAGGUCCAUGCCUCUGCCGGAAAUGAGCGUGUUGGAGAAGACGAGGUUGGCUCUCAACCCGUUGUUGAAUACCACUACCACACCCACCGGCAUAUUCAUCAACGGACCGGGCCUUCCAGUGCCACUGCAGGUUGGCCCAAGGCCAACGAAACCGGAUUUGCGCAUGCAUCGUGGCCAUCAUGGCUUCCUGCGGAGACCGGCUCCACCAAGCGAUUCCGGCAUCAUCAUGAACACCGCCAUGAACAUAAGUGCAGACUCUAUGAUGUCCACCCCGUUGCCAAGAAUCCGACCAAGAGCGAUGGCGCGUCCAACAAGGCCCGCGAGGGCGGAGGGGGUGUACGGCGUUCCCAAGGUCGAGCACCGAGGACGAUGCGACAUGACAUGGCGAGACCAUCAGUCACAGAAAAUGCUGACACCCAUCGACACGUUUUCGACAACAGGGAUCCCAGACCGAGAGCCAGGAGUGAUGCCAGAGGCCCUGAAGCCGCGAGUGGAAGCUUCUCAAGUCCUGCCAUCCGAAACCAAGACGCUUCCCGACCAGGCAGAAGUGACGUCGACCAGCUGUGGCCUGAUGAGGAAGUGCAGCCGCUGCAUUCAUGGCUUUGUGGACGUCAAGCUUCACAAUACCGAUAGUGUCACCCAUACGUCCGACCUCCAGAAGGACGUCGCCGAAGCAAAAGAGGGUACUAAACCACUGCAUCCAUAUCGAAGCCCGCUGCCAGUGCUGCCAGGGGAUCCCACAUUCUGCAAAGAGGCCAUUGCACAGCAGGGUCCAACAACUCUGUCACAUGGAAAGUCUGAAAGUGAUGAACGUGAUCAUUCCAUCUGUUGCCCUCAGUGUUGUAAAUUAGACUGCCAUGAAGGAUGUCUGGGACAUCCCAGCCCGACUGCUUCGCCCAGUCCAGCCAACAGCAUGUGGCCUCAAGCUCAGACCACCGGCAGUAGCAUUGGAGUAUCGGCUCUUGUGACAGGGACAGAAGCCCCUGCAAAGGCCAAAACUGACAAGUCGGAACAAGUAUCAAAGAUCAAGGGUUUGGAUGUUGUCAAGGCUACGCGAAAAUCACCGCCGAGGAUGGUUCAGGAAUCCAAAUCUGACCACAGGCAUAUCCAAGCAGCAUUGUCGAAGCUACCGGUUGAACCGUCAGUGCAGAGCCCGACACUCGCGAUACCCUCGAAACUCAAUGUGCUCAGGCGCCAAACCGACGCCGUUGCGGCUGCACUGAAUGCUUCCAAGCUGCCAGGGCCUGCAAAAGCGAGCGCGGCAAUACCAGCCGCAAUGAGUGCAAUAGGAUUGACUCAGCAGAAAGCUACUCUCGCGCGACCCAACAUCCACAGGAGGCAGAGAAGCAACAGCUUACCCACCGUUGGCCCGGGUAUCACCUCGCGAAAUGCCAGCGGCGGUGCCGAGUCCAGUCGAGCAGUCAGCGGCUCCCGUCUACGGAUUCCCUCACCCAUCGGCCUCGCCCUUGGCUGCUCUGCAGGUAAGAAUGAGGUAUUUGGGAGCCGUAACGUAAGCGGUACCAGCACCAACACCAUCGAAGUCCAGAUCCCCAAUCUCACUUCCUAUACCGCUCUCCACGAAAUUGUCUUUGUCCCCCUCGAAGCCACCAAGAUGUGGGUGAAGACCCACCCCCAGAUCCUCACCAUAGGUGGGGACUUGCUUCAUCGAGCCUGGGAGAUGGCGCAGGUUAUGACGAAGACAGCUUCGAGGGUCUGGGCCAUCAUCUUCGUCUACUCCAAAACUGGCAAGGUAAGGUUUCACAUGAGCAGAGGAGAAACGGUCGGCGGGUUCUUCAUGGAUAUGGCGAGAAGUUUGCUGUACCUGUUGGUAUUUGCGGCAGUUGGUGCGUUGGCUGUAAGGAUCCUCAGAGUGGUACUGAGGGUGUUGCGGGUGGGUGUUUGGUUCUGCAGGGGAGUCCUUUGGCUGGUCAGGUGCAUUUUGGGGGUAGGAUCUGUGAAAUGA